AUGGACAUCGACAGCGACGGAAUCGUAGAGCGAGCCGUAGCUUGUGCCCAGGCUCUCAAGGAUGUAGUCAAAGGUCUUCCAGCACAGACCUUCGGAGGCGACUUGGGACGAGACUUUAUUCUCGAGGCGUGUGGCCGGGCUGAAGGCUUUGAACCACGUCUAUGCAAUAUCGACUUUCCGCCCGAUUUUCUACCAGGCUCCCGACUGCCUCGAAAAGUAGUCGGUAUCUUAGGAGGUACCGGUGUUGGUAAAAGUAAACUGCUCGUCGAACUGCUUGGCAAGAAUGUCCUACCUACCAGCGGUAACAAACGUGGAACCUUCUUCCCCACAAUCAUAGUCUACCACCCCCUCCCGACGAUCGAAGCUGCAGUCUCUUUCAUGAGCAAGGAGGACUUCGAGAAGCACGUUGCAACCGCAAUUGAUAUUGUCAAGCCCGAUGAUAGUGGAACGGAACUCGUAGAGGUGUCGCUGAAACGCGACCCAUCGUAUUCUUUGCUCACUGAAGCGCUCCGGCUCGACCGUCGGGCUUUUCGCGAGGAGGGUGUGACUGUCGAGACUAUACUGGACAAGCGUCCCGAGGUCCGAGAAGUGCUAGGCCGCACAGAUCGCAUCACAGCCGACAACGAGAAGAAUUUCCUGCGUGACACGGUCAAGCGGUAUAACCGCAGCACAGGUCACUCUCAGUACAAGCCCUGGCCACUAGUGAACCUCAUGGUCAUCAAGUGCAACGCCGAGAUACUAUCCAAAGGCGUUGUGUUGGUCGACCUUCCUGGGUCCCACGAUGUCAGCGCUACCGUGCAACGGGCAACGGAUUCGUUCAAGGACAAGCUCCAGUUCACCUUGGCCACGGCGCGCGUGGAUCGCUCUCAGGAAGACGCCAGCCUGCAAGGUCCUAUGGACGACGAAGUGAUCCGCCAACAGCGCAUGCAGAGCGGCUCUGAUGGGAAUAACGUGGCUGGUGUUGAUCCAGUGUGUGCUAAACGACCCUCGCCAAUAGCGCCAGCUCUCGCUGUCAUUAUCACCAGGUGUGAUUCAACCACGAACGUCAAGCUCGAAGAACUCGAACAGGACGACGAGAUUGGCUCGCUAUUAGCGGGAAACGUGCAGUAUUCGACACUUAGUGCGCGUUCUGAGGAAAUACAGACCCGUAUGGAGGACAUUCAAAAUGGAAUCGGUGACGAAAGCGACUCAGACGGGCCUCCUGUAUCAGAGCGCGAAGGUGUCUCUUCACACCCUCUCAAGCGCUCACAGCCGGAUGAUUCAGCCAAUCCUCCAUCCGCCAAACGCCAGAAGACUCAUACCGCGGAGGGAUCGACUAUGAACGAGCCAACGGGCGCCGAUAGCAGUAGCCAGGAUAUGGAUGUGGACGAGGGAAUGCCGUUGUCGGCGCGUUUGAAUGCUUGUGACAAGAGGCGCAAGAUCAUAGCCUCCGGAAUGCGUGCGCAGGUCAUCUGCAGAGCCAUCAGGAAACAGUAUCAGACGAAGGCGGCAGCUGCCUUGCAAGGGGAUGCCGCACCGUUGCCCGUAUUUGCGACUAGCGCGGAGGACUUCUCCGUCAUGCAGAGGGACAUCCUUCUCGGCACAAUUGACGCAACUACAGAUCCGAAGAGGACAGGUGUACCUGCCGUGCGAGCCUUCGUCCGCAGUCUAGGCGCUCGCGAGCAGUAUGCUGCUGCUUUGGAACUCGUUCAGUCUCUUCUCGUCCAAGUGACAUCCGUCUUGAACUUCUUGAGCGCGAUCGAAACACAGGAUGAAGAGGCCACAAUGCCGCAGAAACGCGCGCUGAUGCAGAACUGGGCAACUCAGGGUCCCACUGCGGGAACAUCUAGUCAAGGCAGCGCUUCUUCAGAACCGCAAACUACACCUGUGUCUGCUGGAGGUAUCCGGGCUCGACUUGAGGAGACGCUCAGGGUGGCUUUGCAUUCAGAAAUCCAGCGCGUUCAUCGCAAGCUCGAUGACUUGGCCUCCGCUUGCGACCGUCCACUCACUGACCUGACCUGUGAGCACGUACCACAGAUCACGAAAGAAAUCAUAGAAUGCAAACAGCACUGGGCUACUUGGCGAGCCUUUCUCCGUCACAAUGGCGUCUACGGCAAAGACAACUGGAACCGGAGUCUCGCCCGUCCGCUCGUCAAAUCGAUCAAGGCGCCGCGACACGACAUGUACAAUCAAUGGAACAAGGUUGUCCUGCCCAACAUUCGGAACGAACUCAUACAAGCUGGCGCCCAAAUCUCGAAUGAUAUCAUUGGAUCGACUGAUGGUUACGACGCGGCGCUGGUUGCGAGUGUGAAGGAGCAUGUCAACAGGGCGAGGUCCAUCAUCUUCGACGCGCCGGAGAAGCUCAAGAAGAUCGUCACCGCUGAGAUUCACGAGACAGAUGAGCCCCAGUCACGAAUGCGCUCACUCUCCGUCGCUGUCGAGACUUGUCUUUCGGCGAUAUAUGCGAGGGCAUACUCUACGUUUUCGGGCAGGAAUGUUACCGCAAGGCAGAAGACGUUCAUUGAGGAGGCCAUCAAUGAGAAGGCGGAUACUAUGUUCGCAGAGAUCGUCAAUAACUUCUUGCGAGCGCGGCGGGAUACUAUCGACAGGGUUGAAAGGAAGCUGAGAUUGGCUUUGGAACGUACGGCGAAGCAGGCUGAGCUCGCGAUCUCACCGGUUUGGGCUGUCGUUGGCCAUGACGCUGCACAGAUUGCGGCGCGUGCACGGGCGUCAGAGUCCGUCUCGGCUAUCCGCGAACGGCUGCUCGAGAUGGAGCGUACUCUGGAGGAUGCGCUCGAACGCGUUGAGAGGAACAUCCCUUCGUGCUAUCCGGCUCCCACGAUACCUGACUCCGAAUGA